AUGUACCCGGAGGUGUUCGAUGCUGGUGACUACUUCGGUAUAAUGCAAGUAGAAGAGGUGGACGAGGAGGAAGAAGGUGAUGAAGAAAUGGAAGAAGAAUUGAAAAAGAAACCGAAUCCUGGAAAUGAACCUUGUUUCAAAGUUAUAGUAACAAAUGAGAAUGGGCUUCAAGCCUCCAAUCCCAAUAGCGUUUUCCUCAUCGACCACGCCUGGACGUACCGCGUUGAACACGCCCGCCAGCAGCUGCUUCACGUUCCCGGCUUGCUGCACAGGAUGGCAAAUCUCAUGGGAAUCGACUUUCACGGCGAGAUCCCAGAUGAGGGCAGUAUUGAGCAAGUCUUGCAGGAAAUGUGGAAAUACAAUCAGACCUACAAGCUUUCUCAAGGGACUGCAGAGGAGAGGGUUCCCGUCUGGUACAUUAUGGAUGAAUUUGGAUCACGCAUUCAGCAUUCAGAUCAGCCUAGUUUUGCAGCAGCACCUCUAUUUUAUAUGCCUCAGCAAAUGGCUUACACUGUUCUCUGGCCUUUGAGAGACCUCGAAACUGGUGAUGAAGUGACUCGUGAUUACGCUUACGGGGAAACGGAUCGCUUGGUCAGGAAGUGUGUUUUGUUACCAUGGGUGCCUACUGAAGUGUUGGAUGUCAACUGUUUUACCCCAGAGCCAUCAGAUGAGCAUUACCAGGCUAUGUUAGCAGAAAACAAGGAAAAACUGCCUAUAGCAAUCAACCCACCAGUUUAUGACAAAGAUAAAGUUUUCAAGUAUGUAUCUGCAAACAAAAUGCUUUCUUACCAAGA